GCUCAGAUCUGAGGUUUUGCAGAACGCCCCAGAAUGAGGCCUCCAGGGACCUCCUGUUCUCGUGUCAACGUUCUGAAUGUCCCUCUCUUCAUUCCUCUUGGCCCCAAACAUUCCAGCUGUUCUCUACUAAGUACUUUUCCUUUGGUCUCUUAGAGUCUCUUCCUUUUACCCCCAAAAUGAACCCCCUAAGUAAGCAAUUGGGCCUUUUUCACGUAAAGAAUUGACCUGCUGAUCUAAAUGAAGCAAAACUGCAGGAGAAAAUUACAAACAUGGGAGAAUUGUAAACAUUCCAGAAAUUUCAGAGGUCCCCAAGACCAUCACCCCUUGUGCAGAGUUCUGGAUUCUCUAUCAGAUAAUUCCUAGAAACUCCAGUGACCUCUUUCCUUUUGUUCCUGGAAGUCCCCUUUUAUUAUAGAACUUCACGUUCUCUGGAUCUUGUGGUAAAAACAGCUCUCAUUUGUUGUAUACCUACUAGGUGGCAGGCAUUGGCUAAUUUCUCCACAUGUAUUAUGGAUUUUAAAAAUCACAGUAACCCAGUUUGGUCACUGCUGUCACCAUUUUACAGAUAGGAGAACUGAGGCUAGAGGCACUUAAAAGUCACUUGCCCAAGAUCAUACAACUAGGACGUCCCUUCUUUGCUACAAGUCCACGAUACAGACAUAGACCUGAGGAAAUAAUGACAGUCAUCUCAAAUGUUUUUUUGAGCAUGAGACAGAGUAUAAAACUGGGAAUAGGAUAGGUCAGAAGAGGGACUUCCCUGGUGGUGCACUGCAGGGGGUGCAGUGUUUCAAUUCCUGGCCAGGGAACUAAGAUCCCACAUGCUGCGUGGCACAGCCAAAAUAAAUAAAUAAAUAAGGUUCAUUAAAAAAAAAAGAAAGGUCAGAAUAGAAGGUGAAAUUAUAGGUCAUUCAGGUGACCGCAAGUCUCUGCUUUUCACAACAAGAGCAGCCUCCCUCCCCACCCCACCCUCUACGAAGAUGGUAGGAAUGCUAUCCUCUGUCUCACCCCCUUUUCAGGAUCCUGAAGCUUUCAUAAAACAGCACCCUAGUCAUCAUGGCUUUCUCACCUGCCGGCUGCUAGCGCAGAAUGAAAUGAAGCUGUGAAACCUUUGGACAAAUACCCGUUCUGUCUUAGCCAGAUGGAAUUUGGGGGAGCAGGUGGUGGGGACCCAGGCUGUGUAGGUAGUGAGUUCUCACCGUAGGGCACUGUUUACUCUCAGGAGAUUUCUUCUUUUUACAGUUGAUGUCAGGGUUUAAAACUGAAACUCUAUGCAAGUGACUUGGUUUUUAAACCAGAAUUAAAGUACUUUGAAAAAAAUUUUAGCAUUCUGGUUUGGCACCCUGUUGACAACUGGGAUUUGUUUGCUUGCUUGUUUGUCUCCUGGAGCUCUUUACUGUGGUCGUGAAUGAAGGAGGAGAGGACAGAACUCAUUGUGCACCUACCAUGUUAGCCAGCAUUUACUCUUCGAGGGCCUGCUAAGCGCUAGGUACUGAGGACACAGAGAUGAGUAAUCUGUGGCUUUUGCCCCCAAGGACUCUAGCCCAGCACAUGGUCCGGGGAUAAGUGCUGUGAUAGCUGUGUUUAGAGUCUGGACACCCAGAAGAGGAGCACAUGACCCCCUCAGGGUGGUCAGAAUGCUUUCUCUGAAGACAUGAGGUCUAAGUAGAGUCCCCCAGAAGAGGUGGGCCAUAUCCAAGGAGAGAAAGUAGAAGAACCUGUAUGGGCAGAAGCCUAGAAGGAAGAGAAGAUGUGGUGUGUCUAAGAAUAUUUUUUGGGUGUGCUCAGUAUGUGAUCCUUGAGGGAGGAAUCUGUGGAAACAGGCUCAGAAGGGACUUGCCUGAGGUCACAGGAUUCAGACUCAAGCUGGAUUUCACAUCCUGUGACACGCAUUACAUUACCUUCCCUUUGGACGUCACACUAUGUGGCCAGGUUCGGGACCUAGCCCUUCUACCCUCGUUUCCUCAUUCUUGCCUGUGAGGGUGAAACUUGGCGGUGACACACCUCCAAGGAAUUGCAGCAUAGAUGAGGGUUUCCCAACACGCAGAGUGUCUGGGAGGAAUGCUGCCACCCAGGGCAGCUCCAAGUUCUUAUGGUCUGGCCCUCUCCUAGCAGCUCCUGCAGCACGCUGGUGUGGUUCCCACCUGGAUGGGUCUUCCUUUUAGAGAAGGAGAAGCAAAGAUAACACAAGGCUAAUCUGUGGCUCAAGGUGUGUCACUGGGAUCCACCCACAGGAGCACUGGCCUGGCUUCUAGUCCCACCCCUGCCACUUGUCGUUAGAGUGAGGACAUCUCUCCAGUAUCCAUUCUUUUCAGUUUUGUUUUUUGGUUGGUUUUGUUUUGGGGGGGUGCAUUGUUUUUUUAUUGAAGUAUAGUUGAUUUACAAUGUUGUGUUUCUGGUGUACAGCAAAGUGAUUCAGUUAUAUAUACAUAUUCUUUUUCAUAUUCUUUUCCAUUAUAGUUUACUACAGGAUAUUGAAUAUAGUUCCCUGUGCUAUUCCAUUCAUUUCAGUUGUUUUUUGAUAAAGGGGUUGACCAAGGUCAGCCAUGGUAAACAUGGGCAUGCAUGCCAUCCCCCCGCCCCGUCUUCUGUGCCAGUGACAAACCUUCGCAGCUCCCUUUUCUACGUACCUCAAAACCUACACACCUCUUUGCCUCAUUCUCCCCAAACAACACUUUUUCCUGCCAAGAUAAGAGGAGGCCUCAGCAUCCUUCUUAGCAUAAUCCUGCAACCAUGGAAAUGGUUAUGAGACUUGAGUCCUCUGAUCCAGCAAAUUGUCCAAUUCUGACAAGUCUGUGAAGCUGAAGCAGGUGUUGGACUGCCUGCUCACCAGUGUCUGCUCCAGCAACCUCCCAGGAGCAACAGUGUGACUUGAAAUAAGGGGUCCUGGGCACGAGAUUUCACCAAGGGCCCCCUUUGCCAUUGGUUAGUUACACAAUCAGCGGCCCACCAGGCAGGGGCUGCGUGGUCAUCGUGGUACCCUCAAAGAGACAAAAGCAGCUGCAGGCAGGGCCUCUGCCCCCUGCCGUGGCCCAGUCUUGCUCUCUGAGGCAACUAGGAGAGUUAGGCCUAAGCAAACUAAGCAACAGACUCUCUGCAGCUCCCUUCAAGCAAGUUUCCUAAUGUUAGCAGAUUAGAAUAUUGUGGGGCUUGCAAGCUUUCUGGUAAUCUUAGAGGAGGGAAAGUACGAAAUUGAGAGGGCAGGGAGAGGGUUUCUUUGUCAACCCUGGGUAGAAACUUCCAGAAAUUGCCAUCUGUCUCUGAUUCCCUUCUGUUCAAAGCAAUUGUGCCACAGAACAAAGAGUCCUGAAUGCUGGGAGGGCAAGAUGACUUGGAGGCAGGGAAGCCAGAAGAGGCACAGGCAGGCAAGCGGAAGUGCCCGCACUCCACGGAAGAUGGAACACGGAACACGUGAGCUUUGCCCAGGGAAAAGGACUCCAUGAGAACCCCAGCAGCUGCGACCGCCAGCAUCCCCUGCUGUGGGGCAAGCAGGAGAACUUCAUUCCUCCACAGUUGCCCAAUUGUGUCCUGCUUAUUAAUGAUUAAUCAAACACCAGAACAAUGUACCCAGCACUUCACUGAAUCACAGAAGGCAGCUUGUUUGUGACCAUGGGGAUUGCAGACAGACUGGGGAGAGCCACGUAAGACAUUGGUUACCUUCACCCAGUGCCCUGUGACGGAACACACAUUCUUGGCUCUCUGUAAUGAGCAGAGGAGAAAGUCUCUGUGGCCCAUGACAACUCUUCGUGCGCAAAAUGACAAGUGACCACUUUGAGUUCAUAUGGCAUCACAGGUGUACAGCCCUGGCCUCAAAGGAGCCAUUGUGACCUUAUCCAGUCUGGGAUCUGCUGAGUGAAGGCAGAGGCAUCCCUCUGAGUUGCGUGGCGCCAUUACUCACAGGAGAAGGCACUGAACAGUCUUGGGAAAGUGACUUGAGAUCCAGCCAGGCUGUGUUUGGGUGCCUCGCUUGCACUCCAUAACACAGCCACCAGUUCCUUUGAAUGGUAUCCUUGACGACGCUGUUAGAACUGUCUGCAAGAACAGCAGUGUCUGGUAUUGAUGGCAUUCCGUGGGGCAGGCUGGGGCUGGUCUCCCUGGUGAGAUGCAGCUGGACCAACACACCUCCCCCCGGUUGCCCAAACCAGAAGCCUGGGAGCCAUCAAAGACUCCCCAGCCACCCCCUGUGGAGUCAGCCACCAAGUGUCAUCAAUGCCACAUCUUCUUUAAGAGAUUCCAGGUUAUCCGAUCCUUCCCUGCGUUGCCACAGCUCCAAUCCAGACUGCAUCUGGGCCUGGCCUACCCUCAGACUGAAGAACCUGGAGCUGGCUGCUGUGGGCGGAUCAGACGUCCACGUGAAGAUGCUGGCGGCCCCUAUCAAUCCAUCUGACAUAAAUAUGAUCCAAGAUGAAGAAGCUCGGGUGCAGCUUGGAAAUUACGGCCUCCUUCCCAAGCUACCUGCUGUUGGAGGGAACGAAGGUGUUGGACAGGUUGUAGCAGUGGGCAGCAGUGUGACCAGGGUGAAACCAGGAGACUGGGUGAUUCCCGCGAAUGCUGGUUUGGGUACCUGGCGGACCGAGGCUGUGUUCAGCGAGGACGCGCUCAUCACAGUUCCGAGUGACAUCCCUCUUCAGAGUGCUGCCACCCUGGGCGUCAAUCCCUGCACGGCCUAUCGGAUGCUGAUGGACUUUGAGCGGCUGCAGCCAGGGGAUUCUGUCAUCCAGAAUGCAUCCAACAGUGGAGUGGGGCAAGCAGUCAUCCAGAUCGCCACAGCCCUGGGCCUGAGGACCAUCAACGUGGUACGAGACAGACCUGACAUCCAGAAGCUGACCGACAGACUGAAGAACCUGGGGGCCGAUCAUGUUGUCACAGAAGAGGCACUAAGAAAGCAUGAGACGAAAAGCUUCUUUAAGCCCGCACAGCCAAGGCGAAUCUCAGAGCUGGGAGAGGAGCUGAGGAGACCGAGGCACAGGAGAGAAGAGAAAGAAAAGUCACAUUUCCGAAGCACCAGCCUUAUGUUUUAUCUGAAAAUCCCCACAAAAGCCCUACAAAGACGUGCCCCAGCCUCGGCUUGCUCUCAACUGUGUCGGCGGGAAAAGCUCCACGGAGCUGCUGCGGCACUUGGCAGCCUGCUCAUUUUUAAGGAUCUCAAACUUCGGGGCUUUUGGUUAUCCCAGUGGAAGAAGGACCACAGUCCAGACCAGUUCAAGGAGCUGAUCCUCACACUGUGCGCUCUCAUCCGCCGAGGCCAGCUCACAGCCCCCGCCUGCUCCAAGGUCCCACUGCAGGACUACCAGCGUGCCUUAGAAGCUUCGACGCAGCCCUUCGUGUCUUCAAAGCAGAUUCUCACCAUGUGAUGUGAUAAUCCCAGAGGAGCCGCAGCCAAGUGGGAGGGAGAUGGAUCAGCAGGACUGGUUUGGGCCCCCGAGUUGGGGCCCUUAACCUUCCGCAGGCUGCUCCUCUCCCCACUUCUGACUCGGAGAAUGGGAGGCCAGCCAAGGCUUUCCCCCAGGGCCAGCCUCAUGGUGUCUAAUAAAGUCCAAACUUCCUGAAAAAGAAAAACACAAAAAACAAUAGAAGUCAUCACUGUCAAGAAGGACCAUCUCCGUGCACCUGCCAUCUCCCAAGCACUAGGAGCCCCCCUUGCCCACCCUCCGCCUGUCCUCCAGCCAUCAUUUCCUGACCACCCUGAAAGCAAAGCCUGGGUGGGGCUGGCAGGUACAAAAGCCAAUAAGAUAGAUCUCUGCCCUUAAGCCCUCUAAGCCCAUGGAGGAGAAUCUUCUAAAAAGGAAGGCUUGACUCAUUCUAACGUCAGUCUGGGGCAGGGGGAGGGUCGGCUCCACAGAGGAGUGAAUGCCAGGCUGAGAAACCAAGGAAAUAGGGUCUCAGGUGUCUGGACCAUCCUCGUGGAACUUCCAUUCUACCUGAGGAGGUAGACGUUACACCAGUGGUUCUCAGCCUGAGGUCAUUUGACCCCCAGGGGACACUGGUUGUCCUAACUGAGGGGCUGCUACUAGUGCCUAGUGAGGUCAGUGAGGCUGCUGCAGCAUCCGACAGUGCACAGCACAUCCUCCCUCAACAAGGGCUUUUCCAGCCCAAAUGUCCACAGCGCCACCAUUGAAAACCCCGCAUCAAACCACUUGUCCCAACAAUGAUUAUCAGAGUGAUGAGUGCACCAAAGAAGAUGUGUGUGAGGUGCUGUGAGUGCCUAACUAAGGUCUUGGCCUAGGCCUUCCUGAGGUGAAGCUUGAAAGUGGGCCCUGGAAAAUGAGUCACUUUAUUCAGACGAAGAGAAGAGUUUGACACUAUUUGACUUUUUGCUGUUUGCUUCCUGAUCCACUCACCCAAAGCAAAGAACUAGGUUCUCCCUCAUUACGUGGCCCUCUGCGCCUGAGCUCUAGAGCCUCACUGUGUUGGGGGCAGGAGGACGUACUGAGAGCCUAGUGUGUGCCUGAGGCCAGGGCUGCCCGUGAGCGACAUGGGGCCGGCCUGCAGGUAGCUAAGCCCAGUGCACAGCACACUCGUCAGGCCGCUGAUACAGAAGCGUUCAGAGGGCCUUGGGGACACAGCAGCUCUGCCUGAGGGUUUAAGGAGGGCCUCCCAGAGGACGUAUGGUCACAGCCAGUCUUACAGCCCAGCAGGAGAAGGUGUACCAAACAAAGCCCACAGCACGCGUGAGUCGGGAGGCCCAGGAGAGCCUGGCAGUCGGGGAACUGCCGACAGGCAGGUAUAGCUGCUGCCUCGGAUGCGGGGGGCAUGUGGAGACUGAGAUGGGAACAGUGGGCAGCAGUCAGAGCAGGAGGUCUCAGCACUCGCCCUCGAGACGUGGGGCGGCACUGAGGGAUUUUAAGCAGCGGAGCGAUGUGGAAAACUGGCUCUGAAGGCUAGAGGACACUCAGGUUUAGUUGCACACUAGUAUGUACAUGGGGCCCGGCAUCAUCCUCUUGCCUUUGGGAGCAUCAUGUGUGUCCCCUGGAGAAAAGGACUCUGCUUCAGCCUGGGGCUGGGAAAGGUCUGCAGGUGCCCUCUGGGUAUGAUUUGCCACCUUGCACACCUGGGCUCAGAAUCAGCGCUAGCUCGCCCAAGUCCCUCCUGUUCUCUAUCCUCAAGGUGAGUGGGAUGGAUGAUUUGUGCAGUUGGUCCAGGUGGGCAAGUGCAGAAAGCCUGAGGGAAGCAGGAGACUGCCCAAAGGCUACAGGAGUGAAAGUUAGAAUUAGGUUCUGUAGAGGGACUCCGCGAGGCUGGAUUUAGGGGCUGUGAUGAGCCUGCAGCCGUGGAGAAGGAGUGGGCCCCUGGUGGAGACUCAGAGCGGGCAGACAGGAGGGAGGAAGGUUCAUAACACCACAUCCCGGUUGGGGCGGGGGUGGUGCAGCGUCCUGAGAAUAGUGCCUCUGGGGGUCUGGAGCUGACCUUUGCGCUGGGCUUUAAAGGAUGAUAAUAUUUUCUCAGGCAGGGGAGGGAAACAAGCAUUACAGACUAAGGGACAAGAUGAAGUUGUAGAGGCACGACAUUUAUGUCAGAAUCUUCUCAUUUUCCCCCAAUGCCCUUCAUCCCUAAGAAUUAAAACUGAUGACUUUAGGUGGGCACUGUGGUAGGCUGGAAUAAACACUAUUUCCCUGCCUCCCUUGCAGCUCACAAGAUUUGCCCCAUGUGACAUAAGCAGAGGUGGUAGGUGCCUUUCUUAGGAACCUCUUUAAAAUAUAGCUGGCAUCCAUCCCGUACCUUUUCCUUCCCCUUCCACCUUUCUCCUGGCUGGGAUACAAACAUGGAAUUUGCACAGCCGUCUUUGACCAUGUUGAGAAUGGGACAGCAACAAGAUCAAAGGAGCCCGUCUGGGUCCCUGAGACCCGGAAGCCCUGACCGCCCACCGCAGGACUUGAGAACUGAAAAUUUCACAAAGAUCAGUCUGAAUUGUGGCAGUUUGUGAUUCCCAGCUAAGGAAUUUGGACUUGACCCUGUUGGCAAUAGAGAACAAAGUAUUUCUGAACCAGAAGAUCAGAACUGUGCUUUAGAAAUAUGCCUCUGGGGCUUCCCUGGUAGCGCAGUGGUUAAGAAUCCACCUACCAAUGCAGGGGACACAGGUUCGAACCCUGGUCCGGGAAGAUCCCACAUGCUGUGGAGCAACUAAGCCCGUGCACCACAACUACUGAGCCUUCGCUCUAGAGCCCACGAGCCAGAACUAUUGGGCCCACAUGCCACAACUACUGAAGCCUGCGCACCUAGAGCCCGUGCUCAGCAACAAGAGAAGCCACUGCAAUGAGCAGCCCAAGCACCACAACGAAGAGUAGCCCCCGCUCUCCGCAACUAGAGAAACCCACGCACAGCAAGGAAGACCCAACGCAGCCAAUAAGUAAAUUAAUUAAUUAAUUUAUUUAUUUAUUUACUUAUUUAAAAAAAAGAAAUAUCCCUCUGGCAGCAAGUUGGGGGACAAUUUGGAGAAGGGAGAUGCUAAAGAUAAUCAGAAAUUCCCAGGUAAGUAAAGUCUCCCAAAAUUUUGAAGACCAACAUAGGGAUUACCAACAUUUAAUGAGGCCAGCAGAGGAAAGGCUCCUGAGGCAAGACAAUGUCAAAAGAGCAUCUGACUUAAGAUGGAUCAUCUCUUCCCUGCUUAACAAGUAUAGGAGAUUAUUUUUAACUUUCACGCUGAAUAAUCUCUCUGUGGAGUUGGGACAGCUCCUCUGGCCCACUAAGUAAACGAUAUCCCUUUCCAGUGACUGAAGGAGGAAACUUUGGCUCCAGGAGACUAAAGGAGGACAAACAGGCACGACCUCCCAAACCAAAACUUGGGUGCACCUGAGGCCAUGAGGCUUCAUGACUGGCUCUCCCUGUUGUCAUCUGGGAGCAUCCACCCUUCAACUGCCCACAGCCACUGCCGUGAUACUGAUGACUGUCUGGUGUCUUGGGAUCAACCCUGCUUUCUUCAGGGAAAAACUGAUGCCCAGAAGAAAAAGGUUCUUGCAUUAACCUGUGUGUACCAGGCACCUCUGCCCUGGUCCCUGGAAGCUGUCAGCAGCUCCCUCCAGCCCCAUGCUUAUUGGCAGGUGCCAUGCCCUGCGUAGGAUGCUGUGCCCAGCCAGGGCAGCUGGAGGAAGUGGCAGAAGAGGAGAGACUCAGUCCUGUCACAGCAUCUGCCUGUAUCUGAAGGCAGGAGGGUCCUGGGAAGACAGAGGGCUGACCUGCAGGUGAGUUGGCACCCUCUGAGAGGGAAGAAAGCUCGCCCUAUGUUCCUGACCCUUUGCAGUGUACAGGCACUUCCACAUGCACCUUCAUUUGAUUUUUACAACUUCCCUGUGUCACUGAGGUUUUAAUAUCACCACUUUUCAGAAGAGGAAGAUGCUGAGAGAGGAAGUGAGCUGCUCAAGGUCACACACCAGGAAGCAAGCUGGCACCAGAAGCCAGGUCCCCUGACCCUGUCUGGUCACCAUGCCAGUCAGCCCCAAUUCCUUUGGGCCCACAGUUGGCCUUGAGCUCACUCUUUUUUCAGGACUCCUUGAUUUUGUUCAGUAAUAAUUGACAUGUCACUCAGAAUUUCCCUGAGUCUAUGUCUCAUGGGGAAGCAUGAAAAAAAGUCAGGAAGCCAUCGAAGUAGUCCAGGCGAGAACUCACUCACUUAUUCAUUCAGUAAAUAGUUUCAAAACCCAUUAUGUGAAAAGCACUGUCAAAGGUUCUAGGGAUACAGCAGGAGACAAAAACCAUGGCCUGUGAUACCAGGGAGCUUACAGUCUACUGGAGGAGAAAGACAGUGAACAAGUGAAUAAACAAGGUAGAGUGUGGCAAGUGCUGUGAAAGAAAAAAAUACAGUGAUAGCAUAGUGAUUGGGGAGUGAGGGGUGUACUUGAAAGAAGGUGGGCAAGGAAGGUCUGAGUCCCGAGUAAGAAGUCAGCCAUAUUCCAGGCAGGAAGAGCAGCGUGUUAAAGCCCUGAUGUGUGAACAACGUGACGAGGCCUGAACUGGCUUAGUUAAGUGGGAGUGAAGUGAAUGGAUUCGUGACUAUUUAGAAGGAAGAAUCAAUAAGACAGAGUGAAUGGGGUGUGUGAAGGUUGAACUUUGGCACCUUGCUGGAAGGAGGUGCCAUUCCCUGAGUUAGCAAGCUCCAGAGGAAGAACAGGUUUUGGAGACAGGUAUUUUGCCUGGGGCGGGGCGGCACUCUUUCCCAUCUGUACAAUAGGUUGAGAAGAUUAUAUAACAACCAAGUUUAGCACUGCUUCUUUAGAAUACAGGUACUAUGAUCCUCUCACUUUACUAAAUACAGAAUGGAUCAAGACUGCAACAUAAAAAUCAGUUCUAGGGCUUCCCUGGUGGCACAAUGGUUGGGAAUCCUCCUGCCAAUGCAGGGGGCACAGGUUCGAGCCCUGGUCUGGGAGGAUCCCAUAUGCCUCGGAGCAACUAAGCCAUGUGCCACAACUACUGAGCCUGCGUGCUGCAGCUGCUGAAGCCCACACGCCUAGAGUCCGUGCAAUAAGAAGCCCGCACACCACAACAAAGAGUAGCCCCCGCUCUCCACAACUGGAAAAAGCCUGUGCGCAGCAGCGAAGACCUGAUGCAGCCAAUAAAUUAAUUUUUUAAAAAAUCAGUUCUAAAAGGAACAGAAUGAACCAUGGGAGGUUUUUUUUUGUUUUUGUUGUUUUCAUUUAUUUAUUUAUUUGGCUGCGCCGGAUCUUAGUUGCGGCACACUUAGUUGCAGCAUGCAAACUCUCAGUUGCAGCAUGUGGGAUCCAGUUCCCUGACCAAGGAUGGAACCUGAGCCCCCUGCAUUGGGAGCGUGGCGUGUUAGCCACUGGACCACCAGGGAAGUCACCCCCAAUUUUUUCAAACUUCAGAGUGAGGAAAACCUUUCAAACUACAACACAAAAUCCAGAAUCAAAGAAAAGUAAAGGAUGGAUAAAUUCAUUCCCAUAAACAUCCAAUGUUUUUGCAUGGCAAAAAAGCACUCUAGGCAAAGUCAAAAGUCAACAUACUGGAAAAAAAUAUUUGCAACUCAUUUGACAAAAUGCUAAUUUUCCUAAUAUAUAGUGAGGCCCUAUGAAUCAAUAAAAAGUGGGCAAAAAAUAUAAACAGACACAGAAAGGAAAAUAUGUCUCAAACUUAGGAGACUCACUCCACUCAACAUAAAUGCAAAUCAGAUUAUCCCAAGAUACCAUUUUUCAGCUAUCAGAUUGACAACAAUCGUAAAGUUUCAUAAUGUUUUGAUGAGAUGGAGAAACAGGUGUUUUUGGAAAACUGAGCAAUAGCUAUCAAAACUAUGCUUGCCCACACCCUUUGAGCCAACUAUAUCCUACUUCUAGGAAUAGAUCCUACAUAUAUGUAUAUAUACAAAGUUACUUAUUGAAGCAGUUAUAACAAAAGAUUUGAAUCCAUCUCAAUGUCCUCUCCUAGGGCACUGAUUAAACAAACUACUGUGUGUAAAAUGGCAUAUUAUGAGCCAUAAAAUAGUCCUCCUUGAGGAAGCUCGUUUUGUACUCUAAUGGAAUGAUUUUCAAAUUAUAUUAAGUGCAGAACUGUAUGUAUAGUAUAGUACACCAUUUGCUUUAUGUGUACAAUACCUCCGAAAGGACAUUUAAGAAAACUGAUCAUAUUGUCUGCCUCUAGGCCACCAGAGGUAAGAGAUGGGAAGACUUUUCGCUGUGUAUCACUUGAACCAGUUAAUGAAUUAUCCGUUCAACAUAUAAUUUUUAAAGUAAAGUAAAUAAAAGUAAAGCAAUUAAAAACAAAAUUCUUUUGUGGUUCUAGGUAAACUGUGUUAGUGAGACAAGAACCAAUAUU